GUUGACUUUAUGCGCGUGAGUCGAGCUGGGUCAAAGCGCUGCGCGUCUGGUGCAUCGAUCGAUCGCGUUAGAACAGGUGAGAAUGUGGCUCGCGGCCGUGCGGCCUAUCAACUAGGUUUUGGGGAGGCGCGCCUUGCAAUUGGGCGGCUAUGGCAAGCCCGGGCGUUGCCGUACUGCUCAAGGAGCUCAGCGCUGUCAUCCAGGAUGCCAAUGCGAUGAUCGCCAAGAAAGAGAGCAUCAAGGAGCUUAUUUCUUUCCUGGAAGGGAUCAAGGAGGUGCUGGAUCGGGAAUUGGGGGAUUUGAGGAUGGGAGAAGGCGCUGCCAGCGCUUGCGCGGCGCUGACGAACAGUGUGAGGAAGGCGCAGGGCAUGGUUAGCAGGCACAAGCGUAAGCGGCGGCUGUAUAUGAUCGUUUGGCUGCGUGUGCUCAACCGUGAGGUGGAAGAGGUCGUGCGUGGAUUGGAAAACUCGCUCGCCCAGCUCCAGGACGCGAGCAGCUCCUUGUCAGAAAAUUCCAGAUCGAAGCUCGACAAUCUCAUCUCGAGAAUGAAACAAACAACUUACGAGGUUCCAAAUGCGGAGGAGGAUGAGACGCGAAAUCUGCUAGACCUCGACGCUGACUCGCUCAUCGUGAAGUUCUCCACGGAUCUGGGCAUUAACUUCGAAAGAGAUAGGGAGCUCUUGUCUCGAGAGCUCCGGUACUUCAAAGCGGAUAUCAGCACCGAGGACAAGGACGAGCUGGAAACCAUGGUGGAGGAACUUUUGAGCACUCUGGCUUGUGAGAACUCGGCAUUGCUACAGACUGACAACGAGGCGAUACCAUCGUUCGAUGCCUUCGAGUGCCCGCUCACGAAACAAGUCAUGAAGGACCCGGUGGUGCUCGAGUCGGAGCACACCUACGAGCGGAAUGCAAUCGAGGAAUGGUUUCGGACGUGCCGGGAGCAGGACAGGGAGCCGACUUGUCCGAGCAGUGGACGCGUCUUGUCGACCACGGAGCUCCAUUCCAACCUUGUGCUGCGAAAGACCAUCGAGGAGUGGUACCAGAGGAAUGUAGCGUUUCGAGUGCAGAGCGUGGUGGACAGGCUCACAGCUGUGGAGCUCAUGCAGGACGUGGACGGUGCUCUCGACGAGAUCCUCCGGCUUUUCAACGAGAACCCGAUGAACAAGUGGAAGAUCAAGAGUGCUAACCUCAUCCCCAAGAUUGCAAAGAUCUGGAGCUUGGAAGGUGCUGCUUAUUUCCGCUCGAAAGCGCUCGAAGUUCUCGACAGGAUGGCUGUAGACGACGCCGACAAUCAGCACAUCAUCGUGAAGGAAGGCUUCUUAAGAUUCAGCGUGCGAAGCCUUGGCAGCAAGGAAGACGAAGAGAAAGCAAAUGCUGCUCGGUUACUAUACCAUCUCUCAACCAGCAGCCUAGAGGUUUGUGAGGUUCUAGGCACAGGGAAAGGAGCCGUAAUUCACCUGGCCGGCCUUCUCGCUAGCAAGGACCACGACCUCUCUCAGUUGGCCGAGAAAACUUUACGGAACUUGGAGCAAGUAGAGUCAAACGUUCUGGAAAUGGCCGAGGCAGGAAGAAUUCAACCCUUGCUUGCACGUCUUUGCGAAGGACCCCAAGAAACUCGGAUCAGGAUGGCAAGUUAUCUCGCAAAGAGACACCUGGUAAAGAGCCAAGUUAAGCUUGUUGCGCAGUCUGCGACGCGGAGCCUCAUUGCAAUGCUACCCGGCACACUGGAAGCAAAAGAGGCAAGCCUGGGUGUUUUCCUCAUGCUUUCGUCACUGGCCGACAACAAAAGCUUGCUGAUUGAGGCCGGGAUACUUCCACCGCUGCUAGACAUCAUGUUUAGCAUACACUCGUCCGUCAACAAUCGGGCACUCAAGCUCAAAGAGUGGGCGGCGGAGGUGGUGAGCAAGCUUGUGUCGUCCCGCGGGAGCUGGGAGAAUGCAAGCAUCGAUGCCGAGGGGACAACACUGUAUUCCGAGUUUGUGGUACACAAUCUCUUGGGCCUCAUGGCUCACGCCAGGCCGGACUGGAAGCACACGCUGUUGCAAAUACUUACGGGAAUGGCUUCGUCUCCUGAUGCUGGAGAGGAGGCUUGCGAGCACAUACGAAGCGGGCAUGGAGUAAGAAUUUGCGCUGUUUUUCUAUCGGAAACUUCCGUGGACAGUCACCGGUUACACGCGUUAAGACUAUUAGCAGUCAUCGCUCCUCGCUUGGGGCCGGACAUAGUCCGAGAGUUCCACGGGACAGAAAUGGCGGCGAGGCUACAGGCUCUCUUAAGAUCCACAAACACCGAAGAGCGAGCGGCGGCUGCGUUUGUGCUCGGCGCCAUCCCGAUGACAGAGAAAGAAGUGUCCCAACACUUAGAGCCCGAGCUCCUGGAAUGGACACUCACUACCUUAGCCAGCUUAAAGGACAGCAAGCGCGGGCGGUCGCACACGCGGCUUUUGUCCGAGACGAUCGAAGGCCUCCUGGGAAUCCUCCUCCAUUUCCUCCGCUUUAAUGCGCUCUCCCCGCCGGCGACGCUGAGGCAGCACGACGUGAUGACGCUCCUGGUAAACGAGCUAGACCGGCAAGGCGAGUUUGUGAUCAAGCACAGGGCCGCGAUGGGAAUCAAGUGCCUGUCGAACAUGGCCGCAAGCUUGUGCAGAAAGCCGGAGCUUCCACCCACGACGUGUUUCUGCUUUCGCUCCCGGCCGGGCAAGCUCUCCUGCUCGAUCCAUCCGGGAGUGUGCGAUCCAGCCGACUCGGUGUGCAUGGUGGAGGCCAGAGCGAUAGUUCCAGUGCUGGAGCUGCUCGAAGAGGAGGACCAAGGUGUCCAGCUCGCAGCGAUGGAGGCGCUCUCGACGCUGCUGGCGGACUCGAGCAACCUCCGAGGGGCGGUGGAGGAGCUGUGCAGAGUGGAGGGCCUCCAGAAGAUCCUGGAGCUCUUCUACGGGCUGCAAAAGGGGGAGCUCCAGGACAGGACGGCGUGGGUGGUGGAGAGGAUCGUCCGGGUGGACGACUUGGCCAAGUCCUUGUCGGUGGACACCAAGCUCUUCAAGGCGCUGGUGGAGGCCUUCAAGUUUGGGAGCGCCACGACCAAGGCGCUCGCGCAGGACGCCCUCACCAAUCUCAAGCAGCUCUCGGGUGUUAGCGCGGGAGUGCGACGAAAAAAAUGACGAGAGUUGCCGUACUUUGGAGAGUCCAUAGCAACAUCAAGUUUUUGCGGCUCUCUGUUGUAGUGGAUAUUCUAAGAAUAUUCAAGUGAUAUUCCUCAA